AUGACGGAACCAACACCCCCAAUCGAACAGAAACCGCCCACGGCCACCAUCCCCAAGACCAGCAACACCGCCCGCGAGCACGUGCAUCUCCCACGCAUCGCAAUCGCCUUCUGCACGCAGUGCCGCUGGAUGCUGCGCGCUGCAUACUUCGCCCAGGAACUCCUCUCCACCUUCAGCACCGACCUUGGCGAAGUUGCCCUCGUGCCCAAGACCGGCGGUGUCUUCACCGUGACGAUCUGGCACGCUUCGUCGCAAAUGCCAACGGGUUCGGAGACGGAGGUCGGACUCGGGCCCGGCCCAGUGACGAGGGAGACGCUGCUAUGGGAUCGAAAGCGGGACGGGGGGUUUCCCGAUACCAAGAUCCUCAAGUCGCUGGUGCGCAAUGUCAUUGCCCCUGAUAGGGACCUGGGACAUACGGAUCGGGCGUUGAAGAAGAAGGCGGAAGAGGAAGAGGCCGCGAAGCAGAGUGACAAAAAGGAAUGCGAGGAUUGCAAGUGA